AUGCUCGUCAAGGAGUCAGUAUUGGACCGGAAGCGAUUGAUGAAGGAUUUAAAUUUGCUCAUAGCGGCGCGGAGUGGUGAUAUGCAGAUUCUCAGGUUAUUGAUCGAGAGUGGGGCGAACGUUGCAAUAACUUCCGAUAAAGGAAAGACAGCUCUUCAUAUUGCCGCACUAAAAGGCAGUGUGGAAUCUGUACGAUUACUGCUUGACGCAGGAGCUGACAUUAAAGCAAGGGACAUUCGGGCAAAUUCAGCACUUCACGAUGCCGUGCAUUCUGGCAAUGUGCCAGUUGUGGAAUUGUUAACAGCCAAAGGAGCCAGCCUCGCGAGCAGAAACAAGGAUGGACAUACCCCACUCCAUCUCGCGGCCUUGAAAGGCCAUCUCGAGAUAGCACGGAUACUGGUACGAAAGGGCUCAGAUCUCAAUGUCGAAUCUAAUAUGGGGAAAACGGCACUCCACUUUGCAGCCAAUAUGGAACACGAAGAUGUAGCGCAAUUUCUGGUUUGCGCUGGCGCUAACAUCUAUGCAAAGUCUCAUAACGGCAAGACAGCGCUGCAUUUGGCGGCCGCAAGUGGGAACAAAACGAUUGUGCGGCUACUGUUUGACACGACAAAUGCCAAGCGAAACGGCAGUAGCAACCAAGCAAUCCUACGGGCUGCGGUACGGAAAGGUCAUGAAGACGUGGUGCAAUUCCUCCUGGAAAAUGGAUUAGAUGUCAACGCGCAGAAUAAAUACGACAGCAGUGCUCUCCAGGUGGCGGCAUCAAAUGACAACGAGGCCAUCGUGAGGCUGCUGCUAGAGAAUGGGGCAGAUGUCAAUACACGGGGUGGAUACGGUGGAAGCGCUCUCCAGAAGGCGGCGUCAAAUGGCAACGAGGCCGUCGUGAGGUUGCUGCUGGAGAAUGGGGCAGAUGUAAAUGCACAGGAAAGAUACGGCAGAAGCGCUCUCCAGGAGGCGACGUUUAACGGCAACGAGGCUAUCGUGAAGUUGCUGCUAGAGUACGGGGCAGAUGCCAACGCACGGGGCGGAUGCGAUGCCAACGCACGGGGCGGAUGCGGUGGAACCGCUCUCCAGGAGGCGGCGUCAAAAGGCAACGAGAUUAUCGUGAAGUUGCUGCUAGAGUACGGGGCAGAUGCCAACGCACGGGGCGGAUACGGUGAAAGCGCUCUCCAGAAGGCUGCAUCAAAAGGCAACGAGGCUAUCGUGAAGUUGCUGCUAGAGAACGGGGCAGAUGCCAACGCACGGGACGAAUGCGGUGGAACCGCUCUCCAGGAGGCGGCGUCAAAAGGCAACGAGAUUAUCGUGAAGUUACUGCUAGAGUACGGGGCAGAUGCCAACGCACGGGGCGGAUACGGCGGAACCGCUCUCCAGAAGGCUGCAUCAAAAGGCAACGAGGCUAUCGUGAAGUUGCUGCUAGAGAACGGGGCAGAUGCCAACGCACGGGACGGAUACGGUGGAACCGCUCUCCAGGAGGCGGCGUCAAGUGGCAACGAGGCCAUCGUGAAGUUGCUGCUGAAGAGCGGAGCAGCUAUGACCGCGCAGGACUACGAAAUUGCUCUCCUUGCUGCUAUGGCAGAGGGCCACGAGGCAAUAGCAGAAAUUCUUCAAGAAAAAGGAGCCAUCCUCAACGCACAAAACGACUUUACUAAAUACGCGCUGGUGAGGGCCACGGAAAAUGACCGUGGCAUGGUGGUAAAGUUACUUCUGGAGCAUGGAGGGGACGUCAACGCACAGGGAAGAUACGGCAGAAGCGUUCUCCAGGUGGCGGCAUCAAAAGGCAACGAGGCCAUCGUGAAGUUGCUGCUAGAGUACGGGGCAGAUGUCAACGCACGGGGUGAAUACGGUGGAAGCGCUCUCCAGGAGGCGACGUUUAACGGCAACGAGGCUAUCGUGAAGUUGCUGCUAGAGAAUGGGGCAGAUGUCAGCGCACGGGGUGGAUACGGUGGAAGCGCUCUCCAGGAGGCGGCAUUAAAAGGCAACGAGGCUAUCGUGAAGUUGCUGCUAGAGUACGGGGCAGAUGUCAGCACGCGAAGCGGUUACGAUGGAAGAGCUCUCCAGGAGGCGGCGUCAAAAGGCAACGAGAUUAUCGUGAAGUUGCUGCUAGAGAACGGGGCAGAUGUCAAUACACGGGGUGGAUACGGUGAAAGCGCUCUUCAGAACGCGGCGUCAAAUGGCAACGAGGCCAUCGUGAAGUUGCUGCUAGAGAACGGGGCAGAUGUCAACGCACGGGGUGGAUACGGUGGAAGCGCUCUCCAGUUGGCGGCAUCAAAAGGCAACGAGGCAAUCAUGAGGCUGCUACUAGAAAAGGGAGCGGAUACUGGCAUCUUGCGUAAAAAGGCGAAGAAACUUGUAGAAUCUCUCGAAAUGUUUUGA